AUGUCUUUAACUCAGAGAAAGCCAGUCAAGGUUGUGCUGGGUUGUAUGACUUUCGGACGUGAAGGGGUUGAGCAAGCUCGCGUCCAUGACUUACAGGAUGCUGGUUCUAUGCUUGAUCUCUUUCGAUCUUAUAGCCACAAUGAAAUUGACACAGCUCAGUUCUAUGGUGGUGGUUCAUCGGAGGAGUAUUUAGGCUUGCUUAAGUGGGCGGAUCGGAAUUUGUUCAUGGCAACCAAGUUCUAUCCAACAGCGACAAUUAUUGAGUCCGAUGCACCAGGAGACAGAGGAUCGACUCACAGUCCGGAGCAUCUGAGAGAGAAUCUAAUGAAGUCACUGAAAGCGCUCAAAGCUGAAAAGAUUGAUCUUUGGUACCUACAUGGACCUGACCGGACUACACCUUAUGAAACGACCUUGCGAGAAGUCAACAACCUUCACAAGGAGGGGUACUUUACCGCGUAUGGUAUCAGCAACUACAUGUCCUGGGAGGUUGCUCAAAUCUGUGAGAUCUGUCGGCGGAAUGGCUGGAUCCAGCCAAGAGUGUACCAAGGAGUGUAUAACGCCAUCCACCGUAGCGUGGAGCAAGAGUUGUUUCCCUGCCUGCGGUACUAUGGCAUCAGCUUUUACGGGUACAAUCCCUUGGCAGGUGGUUAUUUGACGGGUCGAUACCAUCGCAAUAACCAAAGCGGAGAGCUUGAAAAAGGGACUCGCUUCGACCCGAAUACUUUCCAGGGCAGAGCGUACAGAGAUAGGUAUUGGAAUGAUGGAACUUUUGACGCAUUGCAUAUGCUUCGCGUAGCAGCAAAGGCCCAUGAGUUGACGGAAGCCGAAUGUGCUUUGCGAUGGUUGAUGCAUCACUCCAUGCUUCGAGGCGGUGACGCUAUCAUCAUUGGCGCGAGCAACAUUGGGCAGCUCGAGGGGAAUCUCAAGGAUCUGGAGAAGGGGCCGCUUCCGGAAAGCAUUGUUGAUGCCCUCAAUAGAGGGUGGGAGAAGACUCGAGCCACAAGUUGGAAAUAUUGGCGGUGA